UCGAACUCGAGAUAGCCUUUUCAAGUUCAUCAACUAUGGUCGAGGAAAUGCAACAAGACAUACGGCGCCAGGUGUGCGAGGCGCAGGAGAGUUGGAGACAAAAGUGCGGUGACAAUGACAACAACGCGAUGCCCUUUGUGACGAUGACCUAUGCGCAGAGCAUCGAUGGCUCUCUGACAGCAGAGAGGGGUGCGCGUAACGGCGUAAUUCUGGAGUGACUGCAGCAUGGCUGACAGACUUGAGUCUAUGAUCAGGCAAGCCGACACUACUCAGCGGAUCUGCAUCCAUGAAAAUGACGCACAUGCUGCGUACACUGCACGACGGCAUUAUGGUGGGAGUGGGGACUGUGCUCGCAGACAAUCCGUCUUUGAAUGCGCGGCUGGCGGAAGGUAACUUGUGAUCCUUUUGGCGCAACAGGUUCAGAUUGAUUUCCUGACAAUUGCUGGCGCCAAUGAACAAUGCAGGAAGCAAUCCACGACCGAUUAUUAUCGAUACGCACCUGCGAUGCCCGAUGACCAUUAAGCUACUCACCAUGCCGACCUGUGAAAAGCCGAUCAUCUUCUUCGGUCGUGGAUCUCAGGAUACAGAAACACUAGAGCGGAAACAAGCUCUUGAAGCACUCGGAGCUCGGGUCUUUGAAUGUAACACUACGCGUGGGGAGGAUAGUUGCGACCACGUCGAUCUUCGGGACGCCUUCCGUACGUUGUGUGCAUCUGGGAGUUGGUUUAGUUGCAUAAUUUCCAGAUGCCUGCACAGCGUUCUAAUGCUGUCUCAUGCAGGUAUAGUGAAGCAGCUUGGUAUCAGCAGCGUCAUGGUUGAAGGCGGCUCGGCGAUCUUGACGUCGUGCUUGCAGGAAGCCACACACCGACACAUAAUCGAUCUCGUCGUUGUCACCGUUGCCCCUACUUUUAUCGGAGGUCUCCGAGCGGUGGGCGGUUUACUAACCCCAAGCACACCAUCAGUUGCAACAACAUCGACCUUCCCGCGCUUAAAGCAGCCUCGUUAUCACGUUCUGGAAGAAGACCUGGUCAUACUUGGGCAGCUGGACAAUUAGCUCGAGACACCACCGACUGCGACGGGGUGCCUCCCUACGUUCACGCACUUCAACAUAACGGGGAGAUCACGCCGCAAAACUCUGGAAAAUGAGUGGCCGUCGCCUCGCAUUUAUCGGCAGACUUGCCUAAGUCAACCCAUGAAUAGUGACAAUUCACAUGUCAAUAAGCGCAGUAUUCCAGGAUUUCUGUUUUAGAAAUGCAUUGAUAAAUUUUGACCAAUCACCGACUAGAC